UGGUAUUUAAACAAGUAACCGGCCUUUAAAAAAGCUUUUAAAACUUCCUUCUUGUCAUUAACAUUAUACAAAUGGAGCUGAAACAAUGCUUUUCAAAUAUGAAGUUGCUUGGAGUUUUCUUUGCAGUAAUAGGUGCGAUUUUCAACUUUGGGAGCUGUGACACAGUGUGUGACUUUGAUCGUGUAGGACCAGAAUGUCAGUUUAAUAACAUUGCAUACGGAAAAGAUUCACGUUUCGACAGUAAUACCGAUCCACCUCGCUAUUCAUACUUAGCUAAUGAUGAUGACUUAUCCACGUGCAGCUAUACGUCUCUUAGAAAUAUUGUUGCACCUUGGUGGAACAUUUGGUUACCGGAGACCGCAACAUUAAAAAAACUUGAGUUUGUCACUGAGGAAAGCCAUCUGAGUCAUUUUUCUGGCUUUGAGGUAACAGUGUACAAUACAACUGAAUUGAAUUUCAAAAGUAAAGGACCAGUAUCAGGAGGACAAGUUUGUUUUAAUCAUAAUAACUCUAUACCACAAAGAACAAAGAUACACGUCACAUGUAAUGGAUCACCUGUUGGUAAACUUAUAAGAGUUCAACUUCAAAGCAAAGGAUUUCAACUUGUACUUUGUGAUUUUCGUAUAUACGGAGACUGUUUUAAUGGUUUUUAUGGAAAUGAUUGUCAAAAAUGCAGCGAUAACUGCGAAUCUUCGAUACAUCAGUACUGCGAUUCAAAAAAUGGGCAUUGCUUACAAGGUUGUAAACCUGGUUGGAAAGGUUAUCGCUGUGAAACAAAAUGUGAAAAUGGCAUUUGGGGUGAAGAUUGUAGACGUACAUGUGGUAAAUGUGAUCGUUCAGCGUGUGAUCAUAUUACCGGGGAAUGUCCACGAGGGUGUUCUGCUGGGUAUAAACUACCUUACUGUGAUACAGAAUGUGACGAUGGUAAAUGGGGUUCAAACUGUUCAUAUGAGUGUGGUAAAUGUGAUAAAUCUGUGUGUAAUCGGGCCAAUGGUGUGUGUGAACAAGGGUGUGAUCCAGGGUUUAAACGGCGAAGAUGCACUAAAAAGUGUGAUAAUGGAUAUUAUGGCAAAGACUGUCAGAAUAGAUGCAACAGCAACUGUUUGAGGCCAGGAGUGAAUGCAAUAUGCGAUUACGUGGACGGUACGUGCGUAAAUGGUUGCAAAGCUGGAUAUCGAGGAUCCCAUUGUGACAUAAAGUGUGACGAUGGUAAAUGGGGCAUAAACUGUACAAAUGACUGUGGGAAAUGUUUAACUUCACCAUGUAAUCAUGUGAAUGGAUAUUGUCAAGAUGGAUGUGCUGCAGGUUAUAAGAAGACAUGGGAUUGCCACACUGAAUGUGACAAUGGGACUUUUGGCAAAGAAUGUAAAAGCCGUUGCAGUGAUAAUUGUGUCCAUGUUUGUGAAAAGAAAACAGGAAUCUGUUUCAAUUGCAAAGCUGGCUGGAAAGGAGACAGUUGCUUGGAAGAAUGUGAAGAUGGUAAAUGGGGCAUUAACUGUACAAAUGAUUGUGGGAAAUGCCUAUCCUCGACAUGCAACCAUGAGAAUGGUAAUUGCCUAGAUGGAUGCGCUGCUGGAUAUAAAAGUUCCCCGAAAUGCAUUACUGAAUGCGACGAUGGUUCAUUUGGUCCAAGAUGUGCAAGUUUUUGCAGCCAAAAUUGUGCCCAUAUUUGUGACAAAACAACAGGAAUGUGUUCCGAUUGCAAAACUGGCUGGAAAGGAGAAAGUUGUAAUGAAAUUUCAGCUGACGAAGAGACAACACAAAAUGUGUCAACACGUGAUAUGAGCGAAGUAAUCAUGAAGGCAGCCAAGCUGAUAGCGAAGGCACUAGACUUAUACACAAGGGCUGCACGCGAAAACGAAAAAGCGUUAACCAAGGUUGCCGAGGAGCUAGCAAGGAUAGUUAGAACUGUUAAUGGUCUGAAAAAAAUAUUCUUGCCGACAAAACAUGAAGAUGAAGCAUUGGUGUUAACUAUGCAUCUAUUUGGAUUUUUAAUCACAGUCUCAGCUGUAAUUCUGAACUUUGGAAACUGUGACACCGUUUGUGACUUGGAUCGGGUUGGACCAGAAUGUCAAUUCAAAAAUAUUGCAUACAAGAAACAGUCAUAUCACGACAGUAAUACCUAUCCACCUCGCUAUUCACAAUUAGCUAAUGAUGACAACUUAUCAACGUGCAGCUAUACGUCUGAUAGAAAUAAUGCUGCACCUUGGUGGAACCUUUGGUUAUCGGAGUACACAACAGUCAAGAAACUUGAGUUUGUAACCGUAGACAGUCAUUUGAGCCAUUUCCCUUACUUUGAGGUACUAGUGUACAAUACAACUGAAUUUAAUUCCGAAAAGAAAGGAUCAGUGUCAGGAGGACAAGUUUGUUAUACUCAUAACAGCUCUAUACCACAAAGCACAAAGAUACACAUCACAUGUAAAGGAUAUCCUGUUGGUAUCCUCAUAAGACUUCAACUUCAUAGCAAAAGAUAUCAACUUGUACUUUGUGAUUUUCGAUUAUACGGAGACUGUUAUAAUGGUUUUUAUGGAAAUGACUGUCAAAAAUGCAGCAAUAGCUGCAAAUCCUGGAGACAUCAAAACUGCAAUUCAAAAAAUGGGCAUUGCUUAAAAGGUUGUAAACCUGGUUGGACAGGUGAUCUCUGUGAAACAAAAUGUGAAAAUGACAUGUGGGGUCAAGAUUGUCUAGGAAAGUGUGGUAAAUGUGAUAAUUUAACGUGUGAUCAUAUUACAGCGAAGUGUCCACGAGGGUGUUUUGCUGGUUUCAAACCACCUUACUGUACUAGAGAAUGUGACGACGGAUUCUUUGGCAAAAACUGUCAGGAUAGAUGCAACAACAACUGUUUAACGCAAAAGGCGAGUGCAUUGUGCGAUAAAAUGAACGGCACAUGCUUAAAUGGUUGCAAAGCUGGAUAUCAAGGAUCACAAUGUUCCAUUAAAUGUGACGAUGGUAAAUGGGGCAUAAACUGUACAAAUGAUUGUGGGAAAUGUUUAACCUCACCAUGUAACCAAGUGAAUGGAUAUUGCCCAUAUGGAUGUGCUGUUGGUUAUAAGAAGACAUGGGAUUGCCUCACUAAAUGCGAAGAUGGAACAUACGGUAAUUCCUGUCUAUUCAACUGCAGUGACAACUGCAAAGGAAUUUGUAAUAGAAUUAACGGGACGUGUGAUCAGUGCCGUCAAUUUUGGACGGGGCAUUUCUGUGAAAAGGUUUCAGACAAGAUUUUAAGUGACACAGAAGUGUUAGCAAGAUAUCAAGAAAUACUAAAUCUGAAAAUAGUAUUGAUAUGUGUCGGAAUCCUUUGUGCCAUUCUUGUUGUGUACGCUACUGUAAUAACUGUCUUGUUUAAACGUAAGACGAAACAAAAAGAAAAAGAAGAGACUGGUAGUAGUUUCAGCGGAAGGACCCAUGGUGAUUCUAAUGAAAAUAAAACGAAUAAAACAGAAACUGUUACAAAUGAAGCAGCAACAGAAGUAGUCACUGAACUAGCGAGAGUAAAUAUAAAUGCCAUUGACGAUGAAUUGCAUCAAUAUACUGAACCCACUCCUGAUACAGAAGAUGUUGAAGCAACAUAUGAAACUAUUCAACUUGAAUGACAAUUACUUAAUUAAAAGUGGUGAAUACGUGUCUUUCAAAAUUGUAUUCUAAUUUUCUAUCAAAAACUAUCAUGAUAAUAUAAUAUUCAAUUUUGUUGUUAAAACUACUAUGUGUUUUGCAUUAGAUAUGAAAAACAAGAUCAACAAGGAAAAGUUUUGUUUAUAGGUGUGAAAUUCUGAAAAUGUAUCGUGUAACAACUUUUGCUGUGUUAACAUUCUAGGACGGAACUUUUAUUUCAAACAUCGAGUCAGAUAAUAGUAAUGGUAUAUUUUAAUUUGUUAUGUAUAUAAUAAGUGUGUGUCAGUAUGUACAAUCUCAAGUUAACGAAAAGUAUUCUGCUAUUAUUCGUAUUUGAUUAAUACGGAAUUGCUUUUGAAACUGUUUUAUAUGUGAAGAAGACGUCAUUACAUGCUGUCUAUCCAUUAAAAUAUGAUAUUUAUCGAUUCUCUUAACUGAUUGAUAUCCUAUGCUUGGAUUUGAUUACAUCUUCAUUAUAUCUUAUAUACUUUGAAAAUUAUAUUUUCUAUUUUUAAGUGUAUGUUACAUAGAAACCUUGUUUCCUACAUAAAAGUAUAUGUAUAUAGUACCUGAUCUACAAAUACUUUAGUUCAAUGUUAUUUUUUAAUUCAUAUAAGGAUAGCAUCAUACUUAUUUUUAUGUAACAUCUCCCACAACUGCAUUGGCUUUAGGUGUCUAUUCAUAUAGACGUUCAAAAUUUUGCAGUCGCUGCCAGAUAAAAUAAAACAUCUUUUGAAAAAAAUAUGAUUUUAGUUUACAAUGAAGUAUUCAAUAUACGCUUUGUAUGUCCUUUGCAAUUAUCAACUAUUUCGGGGAUAGAUCUCACCUUUUCUGGAUAGCCAUUUCAAGAGUCAUGUCAAAUUUCAUUUAUUAGAAAAGAUUAUUUCAAUUUUAAAGCUUUAAUGUAUUAUGCUUAACAAUAUAUUUGAGUGUAAUAAUAUAAAUCUAGUGUAAAUGUAUUUACCAAAGUUCUUUUGAAAAGGCAUACUUUUUCAUUUUACUAGACAUUUUUUUACCACAUUUCUAUAAAGAAGUUGUGUUUUUAAGAAAUUGAUUUAAUAUUGAUUAUAAUAAUCUAACAUGAUAUGCAUUUGAAAGUAGGAAUGACAUUUUUCUUUUAAUUUUUGAAUGUAUUACACUUUGUAUCAGCAACCCAUCCUUAAUUCACUAGUAAAACCCGUUUACCAUUAGGUCUUGUCACCACUUUAAAACAGUAUUCAUAUGUAAAUAUAAUUUGUUAUCUUCACAAACCCCUUAUGAUAUUUAAUAAAUAUAUACAUUC